UCGAACGUGAAGAAACAACACUGGUUUUGACAUUUACAAAAUUGGGUGAAAUUUUCCACAACGUGCUUUUUAACUUUUCUUUCACACGUCUGCAAAUAUUUUGAAAUACGACUUAAUCGUCGGGAAACCAAUUAAUUUGGUUUGAUUUUACGUUAAACAAGAAAUGUUAGGAAAUUCUGAAGUAAAUGUAACGAAGUUUAGCAAAGGUGAAGUUAUACAAUUAAAACGCGGAAGUGAAAGAACAUUGCAUACAAUUGAAUUUUAUAAACGUAUACAUCCAGCUGAGGAGGUUAAUCACUUUUCAGUGAGACAUUCUUAAAGAAAUAAAGGCAUCCCUAUUAAAGUCUAAACGUAACUAAAUAGUGUGUAAAAUUGGUGGUUUCAAACGGAAACAAAUUAAAACUGUGCAAUAAUGUCGUCAGUAUAUAGUGCAAAAACGGGCCUUUCGUCCAUACUCAAGGCAUAUUCACCAGCCGAACGCGAAAGGGCUAAAAACAUAGCCAUCAAUAAGGUGCGUUUUGAGAUACCCAAACUAAAGGGUAUCUUACAUGCAGUUGAAGCCGUCAAUACGCACAACAACUACCAGCCCUUAAAUGAAUUUGUUGCAUUGCUAAAAGAAACUGAAUUAAGCGACAAUGAAUUUUCACAAAUAAUGUCGGAUGCACACAAAUUGAUAUAUGAUCUCAGUCCAAAGUUUACAAAUCUGGUAGAGGCGCUUAUCUCGCUACCAUGGACUAAAAGAGAGCCGGCGGCAUUACAAGCCUAUAUGGAAUUCUAUAUAGAUAUUAUGGUGGCACAUAAUAAAUAUGUGCAAUUCGGCAUACCCAAAUUGAUUUCCUACUGGAUACCAACCGAUGUUGAUGAGGCCAUGUGGCCAAAUGGUACGCCAAUCGACAAUGUUAAGACAGAAUUAGAGGCUAUACAUAAUUUGUUAGAUCGCAUUCUAACUGCUAUACCAAUGAGCUUUGAAAUUGUGCUGGAAACUAUUGAAACUAAGUUUCCAUAUUUCAAGCGUACAGCGCAUGUAAUCGCCGGUUAUGUGCAUAAUGUGCUUUGGUUAAUUGAAUAUAAACCAAUUUUCACAGAAUUCGUCAUACAAUUGUUGUUGCAGAAACUGGUUAUGCUGGAUGUUAAUGCACCAAGAACUGAAAUAGAGGAAACAGAAUGUGAAGAAGAUGAGGAAUUGGAAGAAGAAAAUGAGGACCAAGAAAUAUUCGAAAUGGACGAUUGCCAAAAAUCCACUAACGUUAAACAAAAAGAUGUUGAUAUGUUGCCAAUGAAGCAUGCAAUUGCACAUACGCUCGAUAUUUGCAUGAAGAAAAUGUUGAAUUUCUUAGAUACAAGAAAUCCGAAUGUAUUGAACGCAAACGCCGAACAAAGACUGCAAUUGAACAAAUUUUGGAAAGUGCUGCUUACGGCUUUUGAUAAUGUGAUAUUGCCAUCCCACAACACGCACCAUGUGCAGUUUUUAUUAUUUUAUUACUGUAGUUUUAAGAAUACCAUCGCAGAGGCUUUUCUACAAUCGCUCUGGGACAAAAUUAAAAAUCCAAAUGUCUCCGCAGUCAUACGCCAGGCAGCAGUUGGUUAUAUAGCCAGCUUUUUGGCGCGUGCAAAAUUUGUGCCACUACACAUACUGAAGUACUAUCUAAAAGAACUCUGUGAUUGGGCGCAUCAGUAUAUACAACGCUGUGAUCAAUAUCGUCAAAAUGGCUCAUUGAAAGCGAAUAUUGUAUUUUUCUCAUUGUGCCAAGCCGUCUUCUAUGUUAUAGCAUUUCGCAGUCGCGAUUUAACGGCCGACAGAAAAAGUUUACUUUUCCUACAAUCGCUACAACUCUCCGCAAUAGUCACUUGCAACUUCAAUCCACUACGCGUGUGUUUGCCGGCUGUGGCGACCGCUUUUGCUGGCGUAACGCGUGCCUAUCAGCUGGCCUAUUGUCAUGCGAUACUGGAACGAAAUGCGCGUCGUAAAUUAGCCACAGUGUAUGCUAAUGAUACAGCCACACCAGAAGAAACGCUCGACACAUUCUUUCCUUUUGAUCCGUAUUUGUUGAAAAUGUCGGAGAAAAAAAUUAUGCCACAUUAUCUGCAAUACCAAGCCAGUGAAGCUGAGGAGGCCGCCGUAGUAGCCACGCAUAUGUCACCGUUGCGUCAGCGUAAACGUGGCGAUUCUGAGAUGUGUGAUGAUAUUGAUGAUUUCAUUGUAGCCGAUAAGCGACAAAAAAUCAUAGAAUUAGCACGUAGUCAGGAGCGUGAAGCGCAAUUCACAUACGGAUUAUCGCCGGGUUUUCAUAUGUAAAGCACACAUAAAUUUUGAUAUUGUUGGUGUCAUGGUGCUGCUUGCAUUACUUUCCUACAAAUGUUGUAUGUAUUAGUUUUUAUUUUCACAACAGCAUAAUUGUUUUUAUGCUUUAAAGUUGUUUAUAUUAUUUUUUUUUUUUUGUGAAAAUAUUUGAUCUUAAAUAUUUAGUGGUUAAAACUUUUAACAAUUAUAAAUUAAUGCAAACACUAUUUUAAGACUUUUCAAAACAAAUGUAUUUUCCUUUCCAUGUAACAAUGAAAUUAUUUUAGUUUAGUAUACAUAACCUAGUUGUAGAAAUUACAAAAGUUGUAUUUAAAGCAUUGUACGGUACAACAGUGAAAUCAAAAUAAUAACCAUAAGGUUAUAAUAAUAACCAUUUAGUUUUUAACUUUUCGA